UCAUCGCGCCCCGUUUAGUGUGUGUAUGGGCUAGUUGUUGUUGUUGUUGCGUUUUCUUCUUUUUUGUUCUGUUCGUCUUUCUCUUAUUAUUUCGUUUUCGGUGUCACAUGAAUGGAAUUUUUGCUUCUUCCUCUAUGUGUGUAUACAGCAUACCAAUGUGAAUAUCCAAAAUGGCUGACUGCAGUUCAUUCUUUUAAUAUAUGUACCCACAACGUCAAGUUACAAUUGUGUUUUUUUUUUAAUUUGGUCGUUCAUUUGUUUGGUCGGUCACUCUUUUUUUCAAUUUUUAUUCCUUUCAGACCAAUAAACUCAAUUAAAUUGUGAGAUUGUUUGGUGUAUAAAUUAUAUAUACUUGAUUCGGUGUGGCAUAUGAAAUUUAAGACAAAAAUCACACGCAACAAAUGAAAAUAAUCAUCAGUUUGCAGAUUAGGGUUUUUGGGGCUGAGUUCUGAGAACACGAACAAAAUAUCAUACACUCCAUUAGGUAUCGACAGGCGAAAACCGCAAAUAAUUGAAUUGAAUCAUUGGCGGUCCAGCAGCGAUCUGAUCACCAAACAGCGCUAAUCACCUGAAACACAUAGUGAGUGUGAGUGUGUGCAUGCGAUAGACAGAGACGAUAGAAACGGAGUCAAAGCAAAGAAGAAAAUAAUAUGCAAACGAUAAAGUGUGUUGUCGUCGGCGAUGGAGCCGUGGGUAAGACGUGCUUGCUUAUCUCGUAUACAACAAACAAAUUCCCGUCCGAAUAUGUGCCCACGGUGUUCGACAAUUAUGCGGUGACGGUUAUGAUCGGUGGCGAACCAUAUACACUAGGUCUAUUCGAUACGGCCGGUCAAGAAGAUUACGAUCGCUUGCGACCACUUUCAUAUCCACAAACCGAUGUAUUCUUAGUCUGUUUUUCGGUUGUUAGUCCCAGUUCAUUUGAAAAUGUCAAGGAAAAGUGGGUGCCUGAGAUUACACAUCAUUGUCAGAAGACGCCAUUCUUGUUGGUUGGCACACAAAUCGAUUUACGUGAUGAGAACACAACUCUAGAAAAGCUGGCGAAGAACAAACAGAAGCCAAUUACAAUGGAACAAGGGGAAAAAUUAGCUAAGGAGUUGAAAGCUGUUAAAUUCGUCGAGUGUUCGGCAUUGACACAGAAAGGAUUGAAGAACGUAUUCGAUGAGGCCAUUUUGGCAGCACUGGAACCGCCAGAAUUACCAAAGAAGCGAAGAUGCAAGUUCCUGUAAACACCCUCACAUCCAAUUUGUCUGCCUAUGCACGUUCUGUCCCUUUCUUUUCACACAACGUUGCUCACUUUUGUCAGAAGAAACAACAACAAUUCCCAACAUAUUAGAGACACGCUGACCAAUCAAUUUUGAUUCGGCAAAUUCAAUAAUUUCCUCCGCCAAAAAAAUCGAACGCAUCAAAAUACAAUUUCAAGCGAUUUUUCUUGUGUGAAACAAACGAGCGGAAAAUGAAUGAAUUGUAUACAACAAUAACAUAACAAAACAAAACAAAAAACACAAUUAUUAUUUUGCUAAAUUAUAAAUAUAAGUGAUCUUAGUUCUAUCAUUGUGUAAAGUGCAACAAGAAGGACAAACAACAAAGGCUGCGUGCUAAAGAGGAACAUAUCAUUUUCUUUGGACAACGGUGAAAAGCAUUAGUUUCAGCAUGAAACAAGUUAGAAUAUUCUUUAAUUGUUUUGAAUCGCAGCUAUAAUAACGGCUUUGUCCAAUACUGUGUGGCCAUUUAAUGUUGAAAGUAGUGUUUUUUUCCAAGAUAUUUGUCUAAAAAAAGUCACAUGUUCUCUUUAAAAGCGCACCUCUUUAAGUAUUUAUCGAAUCAAAAAAAGAAAUUGCAUUAUGAAGAAAAAAAACAACAACAACAAUAACAAAUCCUCAAACAGAACCAAAAACAACACCUGUUCACUUCUUUUUCUUCUCCAAAACAUAUUUGUACUAUUCAAAAAUUUGUAUGCGGCUUUUUGUGUGUUUUUCUAGCGCAUUUAAUCUGUGCUCUUUUUGUUUUAUUUUUCACUUCUUUUAUGUGUAUUUUUCAAAAUUUAAAUUAAGCAAAACACAUUUUGGAGAUCAUUUAUCGAACAGAAAGAGUUAAAAUGUGUAUGAGAAACACUGAAAUAUAGAACAAAUGAAUUAAUUUUUUUUUAAUGAAAUUCCCAUUUCAUGAGCAAAAAGAAAAACACAAAAAAAGAGUUGAAUAAAAUAAGAAAAUAAUUACAAAAAAAAUGAAGAAAUCAUUCAAUAAUUUACAAAAAAAAAUUAACAUUGGCAGAGAAAUGAGCAAGUGUGUGUAUUAGACCUUGAACCGUGUGUAAAUCGUUUGCGCGGUUUUGCCGCUUCAAACGGAUGGGGUUUCCUUUAAUGACUAAUGCACACUUCUUGGUCGACUCCAAAUUAAACAAUUAAUUUAAAUUUUAAAUAAACAAUUAAAGAUAUCAUUAUAUUUUAUUGUGAAAAGAAAGAGGUGGUUUGCAUUUAGUUUGAAAUUUUAUUGAGGAAAACUGGGCAAAGAGAGAGAAUAAGUGGAAAGACAGUGGAAUAGAGCAAAUGAAGCUGGAGACCUUAAUAGCAAUUUAUAAGAAAAAGUCAUAGAAAAGAAAAACGCAUUCAAUUGUUCUUUCGUUCUUUUCGUUUGCCUUUUAUUUUAAAAAUCACAAUCAAUAGUGGCUCAGGUGAUGAAAAUUGCACAAAACAAAGUGCAUUUUUUUCGAAAAUAUACGGACAAACGACGCAUUUGAAAUUAUUUUGCCAAUUGAACACACAUUCAACAUAACACAACGCAAACACAUUGAUUCAAGUCAAUAAACAUUAAUGGUGUAACCUUUUUGAUAUGUUUAACUGGUGUAAUAGUGCAUUGAAUUUUGCCUGAAACGGAUUUUGUCUUCUAAAUUAUUAAAGACUUGAACAUGUUGUUGAAGCAAUGGAGCAUUUUUAUAAAAAAAAUAACACUUUUUCUACGGUCCACAAUGAAAACAAUAGCUUGGAAAAGGAAUGAAAAUAUAUUGAACUUUUAGCCGAAGAGUAGAAGGUGAGAGGAGAGAUAAAGAAGAAAAAUCACGAAAACUGCUUUAAUCAUGUUAAUUAGUAGGUUACGUUCAUUUGUAAUUGCUCCACUGAGCACAGCAACAUUUAAUUUAGAUAGCACAGUUAGUGUCAGCGCUUGACACUUCAUUGCCACUUGUUGUAGGUGUACGAAGAAUCAAUUACAUUUAUUGAUAAACACAAUCAUAUGAUGAUCGUUUGACUGCACGCGAUCCAAGUGAUGUUGAAUAUAAUGCACUAUGCAAGCGCUGGCACCACUCUUUGAUGAUUCAUUUUUUUUGUGGAAAUUCUCAAUGGAUGAUGAUUAAAAAACACUAUCAUGAUGCCACACAAAUAUGUUUUGAAAAACAACAAUGCAUAAUAAAAGUAGUGAUGAAUCAAUUGCAAUAGUAGGCGGAGAAAAAUUUCAAGAAACAAAAUUUAUACUAAUUAAAAUGCAAAUUACUCGUAAUUAAAAAAAAAACAGAGAUCGAUGAGAAAUGCAAACGAAAACUAUUUAAUUAUUAACCAUUUAUCAUAAUUUUUAUAUACAGAGAUGGAGAAAAUUAACCAUUUGAGGAAUAUAAAAAUAAAAAUUUAUAAAUAAAUGAACAAACAAAGAAA